AUUAUCCCUUCGUUCCGCUUGACUCGCAGGGGUCAUUCACCGGCAGCGUGAAACAUUUAAUGGGAUACGGAGGCGGCAGGGUAUCAAAAGCGAAGUUCAGGCCGGCAGUCGUGCCUCUCGGCACGACAAUACCGCGGUUUGUUUGGUUUAGUGAGCCAGACGGAAUGCUGACCUUUGACCUCAGAGUGCGUCACGCGCUGUCGUCUCUCGCUGUACACUAGGCCGGGCACACAAGGAAGCGUCGCAAUCGGCUCAGUGAGGUCGCCGCCGCGAGAUCGCCUACACGGUGGAGUGACUUAACGCGAAAUAAAUUUAUAAGAAAAUUAUAAGGAAAAAAAAUAAGACGAGAAAUACAAGCGCUGCUCCGCGGUGAGGACAGGUGUAAAGAACAAGGUGGAAGAAAAACGUGAUAAAAAUGUCGAGUAGGAGGGGAGAUAUUUUCUCGGGAAAUUACUCCUUCGGCCCCGAGCUACGUGCCGAACUCGAGGAGUACCUUCAGCCUAUCUACAAGGACGGGGAGAUGCUACUGGAGGUUGAAUGCGGUGAAAACCGCGGACUUAUGUACGUUUCUCGGCUGUGCCAGGGAAGCAAGGGCCCCUGUGUUUACUUUCAAGAAACCUGGCUCACGCCGAAUGAGUUUCAGUACAUCAGCGGCAGGGAGACCGCCAAGGACUGGAAGAGGUCAAUCCGACACAAGGGACGGAGUAUCAAACUGCUGCUGACCAAGGGGAUUUUGUCUGUGCACCCGUCAACGUGCGAUUGUGAAGGCUGUCGAAUUAGUUCACCCGUGCACAAAACAAGGCUUACCAAGAAGAAGUCACCAGAAUUCAGCGACUAUGGGCGCAUGCGCAUAGGUAUCGAUGGAGUUCCCCUAGAGAGGGCGCCAUAUUCCGCCUCCUUUUCACUGGCUGAACUCUGGAAACAACGGGAAAAACAGUUAGAAAGUCUGCGAGAGUCUCGUCUCACAAGUAUAAUAAACCAGUUGAGGAAGAGCAAGGAGGAGAUUCAACACUUUCAGGAGGAGGGUUAUCAGACCAGUAUUAAAGGUUCAGCCGACAAUGUGGUGUCAGAUGUAGAUAAAGCGCGCAUGCUCGAAAACUCCUCAGCUCCGGGACAUCUCGAACCGUCACGUGAUAGGGCUGACAAGAGUUCUGAAGAAAAUACGGAUUCACAGCGACCGCAGUCAGCACCGAACUGUGUGAUGCUCGAAUCAGCGGCCAGAUCUCAAGAUCAAUCACCAUCAAAAGUGGAUUCCAGCUUGCCCAAUGAACGUCCAGAAAGCGGAUUGGUUAUGCUAGCAAAUGAAGCGCAUGCGCGAGCCAUGGAGACCGGAAAUUGUAGUAACUUGAUACGUCAGCUUGCUGCGCAGCACAGCAAGUUUCAAAGUUCCCAAAAACAAACGCCAGAUCACAUGGCCAUGAUGGAGGGCGAAACCAUCCCAAGACUACCUCAAUGUCCAGAAAUUGGGAGAUACCCGACACACGGAUUUUAUCCCCCGCCCCCUCCUUUGCUCCAGGCGGUUUACCAGCCCCCCGUCAGGAACGGUUUACAUUCCCAAGGUCGUCUGCUAGAGCUGAGGAGGCCCUUGACCACGCUACACACAUACGACACACUCAAACGCCCGGCGCCUCGAGACGAAGACGCUCCAGUAGAUUUAUCGGUGAAAAGAAAUAGACUUACUAGUUCCCAAGAAAGACUUAGUGCGUUCGAUACAGUAUACGUCGGCUCGCACGGACUUCAGACAAACUGCAUGCCGAAUAUAAAAAGUGAGCGACACGUGGACUUGAAUGACAAUAUCUCGUCCACACCACGUGGGCGAGAGCUAUUACGAGAUUACUUACACGAAAGCCCGCAGUGCCCGAAGAUGACAGCGGAUCAGAAAAGUAUGGUGCAGCAGAUGCGGUAUUGGAGCGCGGACGACGUCGUUAACUUUAUUAAAACGUUCCCGGACUGCGCAGAUUACGUUGAGACUUUCCGGGAGCAACGCAUCGAUGGUCAGAGUCUGCGUCUACUGAGUGUGGACCUGUUAACCAGUUCUCUGGGAAUGAAGCUUGGCCCGGCGCUCAAUCUCCGGGCCUUUAUAGCCAAACUGUGCGGCCAAUGUGACCAGUGCAGGCAUUGCUUACAUUGCCAUCAAAACGACAGUGAAAACUGAGGCGAAACUGUUGACUUUCAGCCAACGCAAUACCAACAUGUCUCCGCCAACACAAUUGUGCCUGUUCUCACCUAACGCAAUGCUAACGCACGUGGCAUGCAAAGUUGACUUUCGUUCGUUCUAUACAUUCGGCCUUCUUCGGGUAUUUUUGACAGGCCUAGGUGUAUCAAACGAUUCAGCGACUGAUUAAUAAUACAAUGGCGAUAUUUUGGGUGCAGCCAUAUACAUUCCUGAUUAGCAACAAGUUUUUGAUUUUUUUUUUUGGUAACUUUAAGAAGAGAGUUUCAGGAAAAACAUCUCUUCAAAUGUGUAUUAAACACUAUUAUUUAUUAUGUCAUUUGAUAAUUUAGAGAGGUACCAAAAACAUUGUCAGCAUGUUGCAGCUUUGAUGGCAGUUAAGUUUUUGCCGUAAAAAAGUUGUGCUACAAUAACGAUUUAACUUAUUGAAAUUCGUUUGCUUGUUUGUUUGUUUAUUACUUUAUACUAAACACAAGAUAAAUACUGUUUGGAAAUGUAUAGUUAACUCCACAUACUUAUUUGCACGAGUUUUUUUCAAGAAAGGAUGUAACGAAUUUAUUUAAAUUAUACGGUGCCCUAUCGAUCCAUUGCCAAUAAAUUAGCUUGUCCGUUAGUAUUCUUCGUAGCUUUACAGUUUAAUGCACCGUUUGAACAGAGAGCUUUUAAUAGUCAUGAAUCAAGUUAUCAUUGUUCCCACGUUUUUAACGAUUUCACGAUAAUUGCUCAAAGAAAACGCAUCCGUAGAGGGCUGUUAGGUCGUCCUUUUCCAGAUAGAGUGUCACAGAGAGAGAGAGAGAGAGAUUAAAAUUAGCUGCACCUAGUAUGUUAAAGGCUUACCGUUCAUUUAUAUUGGACGGCCUCUUUUUUUUUGGAUGUUUUUCUAUAGUCGGUAAGUUUGCUCAUUGUUUAGUGCUAGAUUAUUAGUUCUGUUAACACCAAUGGAUACAAUCCUUAAAUAGGCCGCAAGCGGAAUUUGGUCUCACACACAAUUAAUACAAAAAAUCUGCCUUAAACAACUUUCUAGUGUCUCUACUUUCCAGUCAUCACCAAUUCGAGUUCCAAAAUCAAAUAUACAUGUGCUUUAUACCCGUUUAUACUUGGCCUUAGCUUAGUAGGUAGUUCCAAGUAUACCUUGCCUUUUCACGUUGCGUAAUGUACGCAGCUAUAAGCAGGGUGUAGUUAUUUUCAUAUUUAGGGUAUAUAAUGCGUAAUGGACAUCAAUACAGACAUUAUACAGGAUAUCCCAACAGAUAACUAGAGGCUUUAACUGCGCGAAAAUGGAAAUUCCGAAUGCAGUUUCUUUAAGGUGAACCUGUUCUCACGACCUAGAUGCACUAGAGUUAUGCUUACACGUCAUUCAUAAAUAAAGUCGUGGGAUUAUCCAUUGCCUCACUCUUUCGGUAAGAAGUAAAAUCCAACAGCACUUUUCUUGUAAAAAUUGAUCAAGUAGUUACUUAGUUACUCUGCUAUUCUCUAAACAGGCCGCUUCAGAAAUUGUUUAACGGAAUGCUGUAUAUAGAACCGGUAUAGUUAAGAUAGAAAAUAUUGUGUAAUGAAUUGAUAGAACAUUUAACUUUCAUCAUUUUGGCGGUAUAUUGUUUAUCUCAUUGUAAAUAUAGUCAUUAAUUUUGUGUCAUAUUUCCGUUUCAAGGAAUAAUAAAAUAACUUAU